GGUGUAGGCCUAUGUUGUAGCCUCUAAAGUGGAGUGUGCUAGGAAAUCAAAGGAUGUACAUACGAUAUUGAUACUGACUCCGGUGUCGCCCUUCCCUUGUGCUUGGACACUGGUCAAAAAAGCCAGGUGGAGAUGUUUGCGCUGUGUCAGCAUCCUGCUAUGAGGCCCAGUAUGAAGAGGCGGUCAAGGCUCACCCACGUUCGACCAGGACAGUAGCGGGCGUCGAAUCUCUGCUCAAAUUACACGCCUACCCGGUUCUAUUGUUAUAAUCAUUAUUGUUAUUAUCAUUAUUAUUAUCAUAGCUCAGCAUUAAUGUUCUGCUCGGUGAUUGUUUUUUGCAACCCUUGGAUUGUGGGGUAACAGCUGGCGAUGCUGGGUCGCUUGUCAACGUCAUCUCGUUAUUGUCAACAUUAUUGCAUUCACUUCUGUUCUUUUCGAAUCAAGACAACGCAUCUUUGUGACUACCGCUUGUCUCGAGCGGGCCUGUGGUGUGAAAAAUUCUGAUGCGCAAAGGCCUCAUUUGUAAUUUUAUGAAUGCUGGAAUUUAAAAUGCGCUGUUCGGAUAUUUCUAUGUGGAUUAUCACGUGGAGCCUGCAGUUGUUGAUGUGCGCGUGGUCGCGUUUUUCUGACUUUCCGAAAACGUGAUAUAUAAUAAGCGAGUAAUAAUUCAGUGUCUGUGCAGUUUCUGUUACAAGAACUCAUUUUGUGAAGGACGGAUUGUUUUUGUGUGUGUGUAACGAAAGGAUUGUGGUUGGGACCCGGCGCUGCCUUUGGGUGGCGGCGCACACUCUGUCCCCAAUGGCGCCGCGCAAGUGGUGGAUGUUGCUGCUGCUGUUGCUGCUGCUGCUGGUGAUGGAGCCGCCCCUGUUGACCUUCCGUGGAGUAGAUGCGGUGUCGUGCGGGGACCGGGCCGUCAAGGUGCCGGAGGAGGCUAAAGAUGGGGUGUGCUCGGACAUGCAGAUACGGAACGGCGUGAAAAACCUGGAGGCUCUGACCAACUGUUCGGUGAUCCAGGGCUCUCUGCACAUCUCUCUCAUGGACAAUGUGGCUCCGGAGGAAUUUGAGAAGUACAGCUUGCAACUGUGCCGGCGGUCAGCCGUGCGGAGAGGAUGGGACGUGCUGCCACCCGUACUGCCUCGGGGGUUGCUCGGGGCCCUCCGCCUCUGACUGCUUCGCCUGCAAGAACGUGCUGUUCCAGGGAGAGUGCCACCCGGUCUGCCCGCACGGCACCUACAAGUUGUCGGACCACAGCUGCUUGACGGACAAACAGUGCCUGAGCCUGUCCCCGGUCUCGGGCAGUGGAGGGGAGGAGUCCAAGUCUGGGCCCAAGCUCCUGGAGGGGAGCCAAGGCCAGCCCAGCCUGUGUGUGUUUGACUGCCCCGUGGGCUACAAGGUGGACGAGUCCAAGGAUCAGAAGAUUCCUCGCUGUGUGCUUUGUGGGGGAUUCUGUCCUAAAGUAUGUAACAGUACUAUAGUGCACAGCAUUGAGGACUCAAAGCGUCUCUUUGGCUGCAGCAAAGUCAGUGGCAACCUGGAUAUCCAGAUUAUGAGUGGAGAAAACAUUGACAAAGAGCUGACCAAGAACAUGGGAGGUAUUCGCGAGGUGACCGGCUACAUCAAGAUCAUGAGGUCGUACGCCUUGCUCACCCUCCACUUCUUCAAAGGUUUAGAGAUCAUUGGAGGAGAGCAGUUGGCACUAAACCUGUACAGCCUGCUGGUAGUGGACAACUCCAAUCUGUUGGAGAUCUUCCCGCAAGAGCAAAUGAACAAGAUGGCUAUCAGAAAGGGUAGGGUCAGUUUCCAUGGCAAUCGUAAGCUUUGCUUUGGAAAAAUCUCAAACUUCACGGCUAAGGUGGGAGUGCGUCCGCAGCUUGACAGCAAAGGGAUUAACGUGGACAUCAGCAAUACCACGAAUGGUGACCUCAUACCUUGCCUCCAUGUUCCCCUUAACGUGGUGGUGACGAAGAUUGCUCCCAUCAUGGUUGUCCUGAAGUGGGAAAGAUACCAUGGUGGGGAUGCCAGGCAGCUCAUCAACUACAUCAUACAUUACAAGAAAGUAACUGAACCAGUGGUAGACUUGUAUGCUGGCCGGGAUGCGUGCUCGGAGACAGAGUGGUCCACCCAGGAUGUGCAGCCCUCCCCCAUUGGCAACGUCUCCUCCUAUGAGUAUUCUUUCCUCCACCUGGAGCCCUUCACCAAGUACGCCGUCUACAUCCAAGCCUACACUUUGCCCACAGCCAGUGUUGCUUCACAGUCGAAGGUGAUCUAUAUCAAGACCAGCCCCGCGGUACCAUCAGAACCUCUGAAUCUGGAGGUCAAGUCCAAUGGACCUCAUGAGCUGACCGUCAAGUGGCAGCCACCCAAAAAACCUAAUGGCCGGGUGACCCACUACAAAGUCUUCUACAAUGCUCAGAAGUUCAAUGGAGAGGGUUUUCAGAAGAGAGAUUUCUGUGAUAACCCGAUGAGGAACACACGAGAGAUUGAGGCAGAAAAAGAGAAGCGUCGUCUGGCGCAGCUGAAGACGGAGAAGGAGGCCCAGGAGCAGCUGCCGCACCAGUGCUGUGCCUGCCCUAAGUCCAAGGAACAGGUGGAGCGGGAGAAGGAGGACCGCCAAAGGGAGAUCUCCUUCGAGAACGAGCUGCACAACGCUGUCUACACCAAGAAGUGGAGAACGGAGUGUCUGGACAAGGAUGCAGAAUUUGAGCUGCCAGACAUGGAGCUGGGCAACCGUCGUGUGCGCCGCCAGGCCAUGGUUUACAAUGACGGCCUGGACUUUGACCGGCCGCUGACCAGCAAGGAUGUGAACAUGAACAGCAUGUAUGGUGGCUAUGACAGUAGUGAAAUUUUCGGCUUUAAGCCCAGACCGGCGGUGGUGAACACUGGCUCUGGUGGUGCUAGCGGAGGAGGUGGUAAUGUGGGUGGAGGUAGUGGUGGUGUAACGGUCAUUGCGGGUACCACCACCAUCAGCACCACGGCUGGCGGGAAGUAUGUGACCAGCACUGCCCGCUUCACCACGGCGGGCCCUGAGGUGGAGAAGGCCAAUGCCAGCGUGAUCAACGCGACGGUGGCCUCUGUGGUGGUCCAUGAGGUCAUCAUCUAUGACACCGAGGUCCAGCUCAGUGACCUGCAGCACUUCCAGAACUACAACAUUGAGGUUAUUGCCUGCCAUGAGACCAACCCAGACACAGGAGAGAAGCUGUGCGGGACCGGGGCUAUCACUACAGAACAGACAAAGCCUGAUCCUAAAUCUGACAACAUCAACGUGUCAUCCGUUCACAUCGAGCUCAUGUCCAACAAAACUGGAGAAGUGCUCAUCAAGUGGUCUCCACCUAAGCAGCCCAAUGGCCUUAUCCUGAAGUACAACGUGCAGUACCAACAGCUGGAUCUGGACAGAGAAACUAUACCGGAGACAGUGUGCGUGAGCACUCGCCGUUACCUCAACGCCAGCGGAGGUCACCGCCUCCCGGGCCUGGCCCCGGGCAACUACUCUCUCAAGAUAAUGGCUCACUCCCUGGCAGGCAACGGGAGCUUCACACCGGCAGUCUUCUUUUCUAUACCGCAUGUCGCAGGUCCUGAUGAGAAUAACACUGGGACAGUUGUUGCCAUCUUCUUAGUUGUUGCGACUCUGUUUGCCAUCGUAAUUGUCGUUGCAGUUUACAGAUACUUCAGAUGGAAAAAGAAACAGGCAGAGACGAUGGUUUCUCAAAAUCCUUACUACAUGCCCACUGGUGAAUUGUACAUUCCUGAUGAGUGGGAGAUGCCACGUGACAACAUUCGGCUCAUUAAGGAGUUGGGCCAGGGCUCGUUUGGCACUGUGUGUGAGGGCCAGAUGUACAACCCACACACCAAGACACAUAUCAGCGUGGCCAUCAAGACUGUCAAUGACAAAGCUGAUUUUCACGAGAGGAUCAAAAUCCUGACCGAAGCAACCACCAUGAAGGUGUUUGAGUGCCACCACGUUGUGAAGCUGCUGGGCGUGGUCUCCAAGGGUCAGCCGGCGCUGGUGGUCAUGGAGCUGAUGGCUCAGGGCGACCUGCGGAACUACUUGCGCAAGUGUCGGGUGGAUGAGGAGGAAUAUCUGGAGUAUCAUCCGCCCACGACCAACCAGAUCCGACAGAUGGCAGGAGAAAUUGCCGAUGGAAUGGCCUACCUGGCAGACAAAAAAAUUGUGCACAGAGAUCUGGCGGCUCGUAACUGUCUGGUGGCUAAGGAUCUUACCGUGAAAAUAGCAGGUCGUAUGGCGUGGUGCUGUGGGAGAUGGUAACCUUGGCGGAGCAGCCGUACCAGGGCCUGAGUAAUGAGGAGGUCCGUCGUUUCAUCAUGGAAGCUCGCGUGAUGAGUGCGCCCGUUGGAUGUCCCUUAGACUUGUACUGUAUGAUGGAGAAGUGCUGGAAGUACAACCCCAAGCAGCGACCCACCUUCAAGAACCUGAUAGAGCUGCUGGUGCCCUAUCUGAGCAACCAAUUCCGAGAGGUGUCCUACUUCUUCCAGGAGGUCAUCCGCAGUGACGCUGAGGACGAGGAGGACAUGGAGGAAGAGGAGGAGGAGGAUGAUGACGACGACGACGACAACUGCCGGCCAGAAGGAGAGGAGUUUGAGGAUGAGGAUUAUGAGGACGAGGAGGAUGACAUCCCAGAGGCUGAGAGGGACUUCCGGCUGAGGGAUGAGAAGAUGUUGCGCGUUGCUGGUCCGGAUGAAGAUGGGGUAUCGGGAGACAGGAGUCCCAGGUAUAGCUCGCACAGCAGUGAGGAGGAUGAGGAGGCUGAGAGCGAUGCACCGGAGCCCUACUUCCUCAGCUCAGUCUCUGACCCACAAGUCACCGGUGCUGGUGGUGGACCGGCUCGGGCCCUCAGGUCCAGAGAUGGAAGUCGCGGUCGUAGUCAGUCUGGAGAACGGUCACCUCUACUGCUGCACCAGGGAGAUGUGCAGGAACCGUUGCUGUACCCGCCUCCUCCCUCCAUGCCCAGCAGUAGCGGGGGAGGUGUUGCUCCGCAGGCCAUGGAGGAUUUUGACAAUAUCGACGUGGAUGACGAGGAUUCAGACAACAACAGUAACUAUCUCGGCCCAUCCAGGGAUGCGAAGUUUGUGUCGGAACGUUUGAAACUUUUGCCGGGCUCUCCUGCUGGGCCGUCAUCGCGCACCAAGCCUAACAGGCAGGCUGGUCUCGUAUCAGGAAAUGCUGGCGGUCCCCCUCCGAGCAGCUCACUGAGCCCACAGUUGUCGCCGGACUACACGAUAAUGUCUCCCAAGUCGACGCUGUCCUCCUCCCCUCUGGUGCCCCCGAGUCACGAGAAACUUUCCCCCGCGUCUGCCGCCUCGCUGGUGACUCCUCCCCCUGCCCCGUUGUCCACAUUCUCUGUGCCAAACCCCACCCCCUCCUCGGGGUCACGCCAGCCGCCAUUCUCACCGGCCCCACCCCUUGCUGGCACAGGCCCCGCCUCUGUGUCAAAACCUGUGCUGCAGGUGGACAUGGAGGGCGUGGCUCAGCCCCGGGGACUCACCUCCAAACUCUCUGCGUUUGACCGCCCACAAGACUCUGGUGACCUGUACCAAAACAAGCGUCUUACAGAGAAGUCUUUAGGCGGGCCGGCGGCUGCUCCCAUGGGGGCUGGCGGAGACGCCUCCACUUCGGCCUCCUCCGGUGGCAAAAAGCCCAGCAGUAGCAGCAGCAGUAAUAGUGAAUCCAACAGCAUCAGCAACAGCGGCAGUGAGGGUGGCAGUAAAGAGAGCAGCUCCAGCUCAGGCAGCGGUCACCACCGCUUCAACGGCCCCACGGCCAACGGCCACGGCCCCUUCUCCCACCAGCAGGCCGCCCUGUGUUAGCUGAGGGCCCCCUCCAUGCUGGGAAAACAAACAAUUACAGAGUUGAGUUGACAGUUUAUGUUACAUGUGCUCUGUGAAGGACGGACUAAACAAGGUUACUUUACAGCUCGACCAGAACGCACUGACAGAAAUUACUGCCGGAUGCCUCAACUAGAAAAAAAAAAAUAUAGAAGUGAAAUUGUUUAUUUUGACUUCUGCCUGACCUGUAAAGGUAAUUGGUGUAGAAAUGGCUAAGCAGCCUGCCCUCGAAAAAUGUAUAUUAUGCUACCGGGGCGUAGGUAUUUACAAUCAAAAUCACCGUGAAGGAGAUGAUGUUGUAUUUAUUUCCUGACUGGUCUCAAUAAGACUACAGCGUUACAUCUUUUGUUCUUUGCAAGACGAGUGUAUGGUUCUGUGUCUUUAUGGGUGCUUGGUCUGAGCCCCUUUAGCAAUACAAUGAGGUGGAUUGGGCUGUGAUGGGGAGGGGGGAGGGUUGGAUGGGAUGGGAUGUCAGUCAUGGUGAUCAUGUUAUAUACCACCGGUUCGUAAUCCAGCCAAAAAAGGAUGGCAUCUGUCGUUGGCGCAGACGUGCAUAAUGCUUCUGUUCUCCUGCCUGCCCUGUGAGCAGUGUAUCCCGGGUGAUUGUACAUAGACUAUUACCAUAUUUGCUGAACCAGAACAUUCUACAAUCAUUGCUACAUGAAGUACAGAAGUUUCUGCCUAAGGGCAGGAUGAUCAUUAGGAUGCUUCACAAUUACAGUGCGUGCAGACCAAAAACUGCGAACCGAGCUAUAGCCUCGGUGCGGUUAUAAGCAAGUAGCUCAAGCGUGCUCACCAAAAGCUGCGACAGCUAACCGACCUCUAGCUGGUACUCCGCCCGCGGCUGGAUGAAAGCUUGUCUGUUCACACCGAAAGCUGUGUGCUCAAACACAUACCGAGCCAAAUACUAGCUAGAAGCUUGCGGUUACUUGGGCAGUGGGUGCUACGUAAUGUGUAGGCCUACAUCAGUUCAGUGUUGACGAAAAUGGCCAGCACUCCAGAUGAAGGAAGGAA